AUGCAGAUUUUCGUCAAAACCCUGACCGGAAAGACCAUUACUUUGGAGGUGGAGUCCUCUGACACAAUCGACAACGUCAAAACCAAGAUCCAGGACAAGGAGGGGAUUCCCCCUGACCAGCAGCGUCUCAUCUUCGCCGGAAAACAACUUGAGGACGGGCGCACUCUUUCCGACUACAAUAUUCAGAAAGAGUCCACUCUCCACUUGGUCUUGCGUUUGCGUGGUGGCAUGCAGAUCUUCGUUAAGACAUUGACCGGAAAGACUAUUACCCUCGAGGUAGAGUCGUCGGACACCAUCGAUAACGUGAAGACGAAGAUCCAGGACAAGGAAGGCAUUCCUCCUGACCAGCAGCGCCUGAUCUUUGCUGGCAAACAACUCGAGGAUGGUCGCACGCUCUCCGAUUACAACAUCCAGAAAGAAUCCACUCUCCAUCUCGUCCUUCGUCUCCGUGGAGGCAUGCAGAUCUUCGUCAAGACGCUCACGGGGAAAACGAUUACUUUGGAAGUUGAAUCUUCGGACACCAUCGACAACCAACGACUCAUCUUCGCUGGAAAGCAGCUCGAGGAUGGUCGUACCCUUUCUGACUACAACAUCCAGAAGGAAUCCACCCUUCACCUCGUACUUCGCCUUCGUGGAGGGAUGCAGAUUUUCGUGAAGACUCUUACCGGUAAAACCAUUACCUUGGAGGUUGAAUCGUCGGACACGAUUGAUAACGUCAAGACGAAGAUCCAAGAUAAGGAAGGAAUCCCCCCAGAUCAGCAACGACUCAUCUUCGCCGGUAAACAGCUCGAGGAUGGUCGGACGCUGUCGGACUAUAACAUCCAGAAGGAAUCUACACUUCAUCUCGUCUUACGUCUCCGAGGGGGUAUGCAAAUCUUCGUGAAAACCCUCACCGGUAAAACGAUCACUUUGGAGGUUGAGUCGUCCGACACAAUCGAUAAUGUGAAGACGAAGAUUCAGGAUAAGGAAGGGAUCCCACCAGAUCAGCAGCGUUUGAUUUUCGCUGGAAAGCAGCUUGAAGAUGGGCGCACGCUGUCUGACUAUAAUAUCCAGAAAGAGUCGACUCUCCACUUGGUCCUUCGUCUUCGUGGUGGUCAAUAG